AUGGGAUAUAGUCUAUCUGCUUUAGUUUCUACCAAUCCAUCGGCGCUUUCUUAUUUUGACAUAUCAUUUUUAACCUUCGAAGCAGUACUAGAAGUUGUUAUAAUAUGUUGUGCUGGGUUCGUUGCCGCUAAAACCGGUCUAUUAACCACUCAAGGACAGAAAACUUUAUCGUCCUUAAAUGUUGAUUUGUUUACUCCAUGUUUAAUAUUUACCAAACUUGCACCAAACUUGUCAUUUAGCAAAUUAGUCGAAAUCAUUAUUAUACCGAUUUUUUAUGCUGUGUCCACAGGAGUAUCUUAUUGGAGUUCCCGAAUUGUUAGCAAGGCUUUGAGCUUGAAUAGCCCUGAGACAGAUUUUGUCACUGCCAUGGCUGUUUUUGGUAAUUCAAACUCGUUGCCUGUGAGUUUAGUUUUAACAUUGAGUUACACCCUUCCCGACUUGUUAUGGGACGAUGUGGAGGACGACAACACCGAUAAAGUUGCUGGUAGAGGGAUAUUGUAUUUAUUGAUUUUUCAACAAUUGGGACAAAUAUUGCGUUGGUCCUGGGGGUUCAAUACAUUGUUAAGAAAACGUUCACAAUUGGAGUUGAACACAUACCACACUAAACAUGGCAAAAUUGUUUUGCACGAAAAUUGUCGUUUGAUUGAUGGUGAAGAUGAGCAGUUUUUGUACAUGGAUUCAAAUCAACAACAAGAAGAACAACAGACGGAAACGACAAGGGAAAUUUCAUUGUCAGAAGAUGAAGACAACAUCAACAGCAAACCACUUACUGCAUAUAUUUGCCAACUUCCCGGAGUCAAGCAGUUUUUGUCAUUUAUGAACCCACCUCUUUACGCUAUGUUGGUAGCAAUUAUAGUUGCAUCGAUACCAUAUUUGAAGAAUUUGAUUUUCGACAGUGAACAAAACUCCAUCGUUUACAACACAUUCACUAAGGCAAUCACUACUUUAGGGGGUGUUUCCAUUCCGUUAAUUUUAAUUGUUUUGGGAUCAAACUUGUAUCUCUCAAACGACAUUCCACCACCGUCAAAACACUACAACAGAAUACUAUUUGGGUCGUUGUUAUCCCGAAUGAUCUUGCCCAGUGCGGUGUUAUUGCCAAUAAUAGCCUUGUGUGUCAAGUACAUCAAGGCAUCAAUAUUGGAUGACCCAAUUUUCUUAAUUGUUGCGUUCAUAUUGACGGUUAGUCCUCCAGCCAUACAGUUGUCGCAAAUCACUCAGCUCAACAAUGUUUACCAGAAAGAAAUGAGCGGUGUUCUAUUUUGGGGGUAUGUUGUUUUGGUUGUGCCAACUACGAUCGCGAUUGUUGUUUGUUCCUUGAAGGUUUUGGAGUGGGCAAAGUAA